AUAAAUCAUUAUUAUUGUAUUCAACAAAACAAUUGUUUUAUUUUUUUUUUUAAAUUCAAAACCUACAAAAAUAAUGUCAAAACUAUUGGUUUGUCUAAUGUUGGCCACACUGGCAGUGGUCAAUGUAUUGGCGGCUAAGUCCGACUGUGGCGGCGACGGCUGUAAAUGUGGUCUAUGGGUUGGCCAGUUUUGCGGCAAACGAACCAAUCGUGUGGACACUACUAGCGGAGGACUAAAAUACGGACCGGUACUCAAAGGUUGCGACUGUAAACCGGAUGCCAUCUACCAGUGCGGCGCAAAUCAGGCCGGUUUCGAGGCCUCCUAUAAUACCCAAUGUUUUCUAUGCAAUGAUGACAAAAACAAACCGGGAGUCGAUCGAUGUGUCGGCGCUUUUAGCAACAAAUUUGUAGCCAAAAUAAAACAUUAAUUGACUGACUGGACUCCCGGGUGGCCACAAUUGACCACAAAAAAGCAAAAGUUUUUCAGUUAAAUUUCUUGUUAAUUAUUAUUUUUUUUAAUUUUAUUUGUUUGUU